GCCCUGCGUAUGCCCCGCCCCGCGCGGAAGCUCCGGCGGUUGGUUGCCUGGCGCGGCCGUUACGACCGUUGCCCUAAGCCCCGUCCUCUCCCUCCCCAUCUGCCCUAUCCCGACUACUUCCUUGGGUGGGGGCGUGGCCAUGGGGUGAGGCUCUCUCAGGUGGAGGCCGCGCCCCGCCCCGCGCUCACGAAGCUACGUCACUUCCGGCGUGUGCGUCCGGCGUCCGCCCACCACGGGAUGGCGGCUCUGAAGAGUUGGCUGUCGCGCAGCGUAACCUCACUGUUCAGGUACAGACAGUGUGUUCCUGUCGUGGCUAACUUUAAGAAGCGUUGUUUCUCAGAAUUGAUAAGACCAUGGCACAAAACGGUGGCAGUUGGCUUUGGAGUAACCCUGUGUGCGGUUCCUAUUGCACAGAAAUCGGAGCCUCAUUCCCUUAGUAAUGAAGCAUUGAUGAGGAGGGCGGUGUCUUUGGUAACAGAUAGCACCUCUACCUUUCUCUCUCAGACCACAUAUGCGUUGAUUGAAGCUAUUACUGAAUAUACUAAGGCUGUUUAUACCUUAGUUUCUCUUUACCGACAAUAUACAAGUUUACUUGGGAAAAUGAAUUCACAGGAGGAAGAUGAAGUGUGGCAGGUGAUCAUAGGAGCCAGAGUUGAGAUGACUUCAAAACAACAAGAAUACUUGAAGCUGGAAACCACUUGGAUGACUGCAGUUGGUCUUUCAGAGAUGGCAGCAGAAGCUGCAUAUCAAACUGGCGCAGAUCAGGCCUCUAUAACUGCCAGAAAUCACAUUCAGUUGGUGAAACUGCAGGUGCAGGAGGUGCGCCAGCUCUCCCAGAAAGCAGAAACCAAGUUGGCAGAAGCACAGAUAAAAGAGCUCCGUCAGAAAAUACAGGAGGAAGGGGACGAGCAGGCGGAGACAGAGCAGGAGGCCUACCUGCGUGAGGACUGAGGCCUGAGCCUGCUGCCCUGUCUGCCCACUCAGUGGAGAAAGCAGGGGCAGACGCCACCCUGCCCAGAGUUGGCAUGACUGUCUCUGCACUGAGAAGAGGCAGCAGGUCUGGCUCUGGCCAAUCAGGCAAAAGGCCUUUGUGAGCUGUUAGUGCUCCUCCUGUGGUCUCAGGCUUGCACUGGACCUGGUUCUUAGCGCUUGGGCACCGCACCGUUAUAACAUUUCAUCCCACUCUUCAGCUGCUCUCUUACCUACCCAUCUUUUUACCUCACACCCAAAGCAUUUUGCCAACCUGGGUUAGAGAGAGGAGUCCUUUUUGUCAUGCCCUUAAGUUCCGUAGCUCUUUAAUCUGUUUUUAUUGUGAAAAUGAUUUCGUGUUUGUUCCUCUGUUGGGAUGUGAGCUGUGGCAGGAGACUGGGAGCCUGUCCAGUUUGUACGAUUGAAGUGUUUCUAAUGUGUUUUCUGAUCUGCCCCCACUGCCCUGUGAGGACAGCUCAGGCCAAGCAGUGAAAUGUCUAUUACUGCUAAGGGAAGGGAUGCAGAGUGUUUACCUGGUGCUCUCAACAGGACUCUUCCUAACACA